ACCGAAUGGAGUUUGUUGGUUUGGUUCGGUUUGUGGAAAUUCAUAGUUGUGUCUGAUUUCACAUGCAUGACAGACUUUUCCAAGCUAAAUUAAAGAGUUUUGUCAUUGAACAAACACAAGGACCCACCCAGUUAGACAAAUUUAGAGAGAGUACAUAUAUUUAUCACUCUCCAUGCAUCCAACAACUUGUGUAAUAUAAAAAGUUGCAUAAAUGAAUAUAAUAUAUGUAAAUCGAUUAUAUCAACCAUAUAGUAAUGAAUUAUUGGUCAUGUUUACUUAGCCGUCGAUUAGGAUAUUAUCAAUCUAAUUAAAUGCAGAUAAUUGGUCAACUAUCUACAUUACAAUUAUACACGUUCUCACUAGGCAUUUCAUUGUUCUUUGCAAUUUUUAGUUAUGAAUUUUUCCUUUAGUGAAUAGUUUUGCUUGGUAGAAGAAUCGAGCAGGCAAGAAAAUUUCGGUUUCUGUUGAUUAAUUUCAAGUCAAGAUGAUGUUCUUCAAAUAUGCAUUUCUUGUAUUAGUUCUAGCUUUGAGUUGCUUGGCGACGGGCGGAUUUGUUUCUGCUUUACUGCCUCAGGAUGAAGUGGAUGCUCUAAAUUUAAUUACCAGAAAAAUGGGAGCUUCUGGCUGGAAUUUCAGCAGAGAUGCUUGUGAAAACAAUCUGCAGAUCAUACCAGCUAAACCAAUGGAUCCUGAGAGGAACAUUUCCUGCAAUUGUGACUUUCCCAACAACACCUGCCAUAUUGUAUCAUUGAAAAUCAAGCGUUAUAGCCUUGCGGGAGAGCUUCCACCUGAAAUGAUCCAACUUCCUUUUCUUAAUAACAUUGAUUUUUCUUACAACCUCCUCACCGGUUCUAUACCACGCGAAUGGGCUUCAUUGCCACUAAAUUUCAUAGGUCUUCUGGCAAACAGGCUAUCAGGGAAUUUGCCGAGCUAUCUGGAGAACUUUAGUAAUUUAACGCAGCUGGACCUUGAAUUAAACCAAUUUUCUGGAACUAUCCCUCAGGAGCUUGGACAGUUGGUGAACUUGAAAAUUCUGAAGCUAUCUUGCAAUAAAUUUAGUGGAAGUCUACCAAUGGAACUUGCUGAACUGAAAAACCUGACUGAUUUUCGCAUAAAUGACAACAAUUUCAAUGGCAGCAUUCCGGAUUUUAUACAGAACUGGAGGCAACUGGGCAGAUUAGAAAUGCAAGCUAGUGGACUGAAAGGACCCAUUCCGGCAUCCAUAUCUGUUUUGGAAAAAUUAACUGACCUGAGGAUUAGCAACAUAAAUGUAACAAAUGAGGCUUUUCCUGAUCUGAGAAACUUAACAAUCCUCACACGUUUGUUUCUGAGGAGCUGCAAUAUAUCAGGAGAAAUCCCUUCAUACAUAUGGAGAAUCGGAGGACUGCGAAUUGUGGAUCUCACUUUUAACAAAUUACAAGGGGUACUUCCCACUGCCAUAACUACAGAGACAAACAGAUUGGUUUUUGUCUUCUUGACUGGUAAUCUUCUCAGUGGAACAAUACCAUUUUUCUCAUCAGGACUAAAUAUAGAUCUUUCUUACAACAACUUCUCAAGGAGGCAAGAUCCAUCUGCUUGUCAACGAACGGAUAUACGUCUUAACUUGUUCCGAAGCUCUUCUGUGGGAAACGACAUAGGAGGAGCAUGUGAAAAUAGUUUCAGCUGUGACCGACUUCGGUACGCGCUGUACAUUAAUUGUGGCGGAGAAAACUUGGAAGUAAAUAACAAGAUCUAUGUUGGAGAUGCAAAUGUUGGCAAUGGUGCCUCAAAUUUUUAUUCAAGUAAUGAUGGCUGGGGUCUUAGCAGCACUGGAGAUUUCAUGGAUGACAACAAUUUUCAAAAUGAAGCUUAUAUUGCUCAAUCACCAUCAUCACAAAACAUUAAUGAAUUAUACCGUACAGCACGCAUUGCUCCUCUUUCACUUACUUAUUAUCAUCGCUGUUUAAUUAAUGGUAAUUACACUGUGAGCCUACACUUUGCGGAGAUCCAGUUUACAAAUAACAGUACAUAUGACAGCCUUGGGAGACGCAUAUUUGAUAUUUAUAUUCAGAAUGAUGAAAUGGAGAAGGAUUUUAACAUAGCAGAUGAAGCUAAAGGUAUUGGUAGGCAAAUCACAAAAGUUUAUAACGCAACUGUGACAGAUAACACCUUGGAGAUCCGCUUUGCUUGGGCUGGAAAAGGGACUACAAGAAUCCCUCUCAGCGGAGUCUAUGGCCCCCUUGUAUCAGCUAUUUCUGUAGAUCCUCAGUUUAAACCUCCUUCAGAAGGAGGAAAUUCGAAAAUUGCAGCAAUUGUUGGUGGAGUCGUAGGAUCAUUUCUCAUUCUCUUAGCAUUGGGUUUCAUCCUGUGGAGACGCCGUGUACGAGAAAAGAAUGAAAGACAGAAAGAGUUUGAAGGACUAGAAAUCCAAACAAUUUCUUUUACCCUGAAGCAAAUCAAAGCUGCAACUAAAAAUUUUGCUCCUGAAAAUAAACUGGGUGAAGGUGGAUUUGGACCGGUUUACAAGGGUAUAUUAGCAGAUAAUACAGUAAUUGCUGUGAAGCAGUUGUCAGCUAAGUCAAGUCAGGGAAAUCGAGAAUUUUUGAAUGAGAUAGGCAUGAUUUCGUGUAUUCAGCACCCAAAUCUUGUCAAACUUCAUGGUUGCUGUAUUGAGGGAAAUCAGCUUUUGUUAGUCUAUGAAUACAUGGAGAAUAACAGCCUUGCUCGCGCUUUGAUUGGACCAGAACAAGACCAACUGUACUUAAACUGGCAAACAAGACAGAAGAUCUGUGUUGGGAUAGCUAGAGGUUUAGCAUUUCUGCAUGAAGAAUCUUUACUCAAAAUAGUUCACAGAGACAUCAAAGCUACAAAUGUUCUCCUGGAUAAGCAUCUGAAUCCUAAGAUAUCCGAUUUCGGGCUGGCUAAACUCGAUUCAGAGGAAAAAACUCAUAUCAGCACUAGGGUUGCAGGAACCAUAGGGUAUAUGGCACCAGAAUACGCAUUAUGGGGUUACUUGACAUACAAGGCAGAUGUUUACAGUUUUGGAAUUUUGGCACUGGAGAUUGCUAGCGGGAAGCACAAUAUGAGUCACGGUCCUGAGAACAAUUUCGCUUGCCUUCUAGAUUGGGCCUGCCACUUGCAGCAAAACAAGAACCUGAAGGAGCUAGUGGACGAGAGGCUCGGAUCAGAAUUCAAUAAGAAAGAAGCAGAAAGAAUGAUUAAAGUAGCUCUGUUGUGCACGAAUGGUUCGCCUUCACUACGACCAAUCAUGUCGGAAGUGGUGAGUAUGCUAGAAGGCACUAUUACUAUACCAGAUGUGGUACCUGAAGCAAGUAGUUAUAAGGAAGAUUUGAGGUUUAAAGGCAUAAGAGAGCAUCAUAACGAAAUAAGAAGUCAGAAUUCAAAAGGAAGUCAGAAUCAUAACACAACAUCAUCGAUCAGAUCCUCACGUGAGUACUCUUUGUCUGCUUCUGAACAAGAUUUAUACGAAAUCAAUCCGGACUCAUACGCGAGUUCACAGUCGAAGAGGGACCGAAACGGACAGAUGGAUAGCCAGAGGUCCUCUGGCAAACAGGCUAUCAGGGAAUUUGCCAAGCUAUUUGGAGAACUUUACCAAUCUCACACAGUUGGACCUUGAAUUAAACCAAUUUUCUGGAACUAUCCCUCAGGAGCUUGGAAAGUUAGCGAACUUGAAAGUUCUGAAGCUAUCUUCCAAUAAAUUGUCUGGAAGUCUACCAAUGGAACUUGCUGAAUUGAAAAACCUGCGCGAUUUGUAAGCCUUCCACGAUGAAAUUAUGACUAAUUUUGCCUUCAAAUUAUGAUUUUAAUUGAGAACGGAGAAAUAAGAGAAGCAACUAAAGAAUUUUAUA